UAUUUAUAGCCUAGGUUUAAAAAUACUAUUUUUAGCUUUUUCUUGGUCGGGUGAAAUGUUGAUUUAUUUUGUGAAUGUGUAGAUCCUCAUACGUUUUACAGACAUAUGAGACAAUUAUAACAUGAACAAGGAAUAUUUCUAAUUUAUGAGUUUGUUUCCUCUAAUUACCAAGGGCAUGGAAUUUCUACAGCAUCUUGCAAGGUCCUUACAAAAAGCGAGGACUGUGGAUUUACCAGAAGAUGCAGCCUCAGCUGUUUAUGUUCUUUUGCCUAUGAUCAUUGCUAAUCAGCACAGAUCAGUUGCUGAACUUCUAGCAAAUUCUUCAUUUGAUAUCAAUUACAAGUUUGGGAGAGUACAGAGAAAUUUGUUACACAUAGCUGCUAAUUGUGGAUCGUAUGAAUGUCUGGCACUACUCUUGAAGAAAGGAGCUGAGGUUAACCACCAGGAUGUGUCAGGAUGUACAGCACUGCAUCUGUCUGCAAGGAAUGGAAGAAAAAAGUGCCUUACAAAGCUUUUGGAGUGCAAAGCAGAUGUGAACAUGAGAAACAAUGAAGGUUUAACAAUGAUCCAUUGGCUUGCUGUAAAUGGCAGAACAGAGAUAUUAAAUGAUGUAUUGUUAUAUGUGAAAGAUGUAGAUGUGGAGGAUUCACAAGGUCAAACAGCAUUGCAUGUUAGCUCUCAAAAUGGACACAAAUCAACUGUGAUAUGUUUACUGGAUAAUGGGGCAGAGAUCAAUAAAACUAAUCAUUUUGGUGCAACACCUUUACAUUUUGCUUGCAAUCAUGGACAGAGAGACACUGCUCAGAUACUGCUAGCAAGGGGAGCAAAGUUUCUUCUAGACCACAAAGGGGAAUCUGCUUUAGACAAAGCUGUGCAGGAGGGCUACAGUGAGAGUUGUGAAAUGCUACUACAGUUUAUGCCGAAGUUACUGGAAAAUCUCCUGCAGAUGGUACAGAGGGAGACAUACAGGGAAGACAAUUUAUACAAGGUUCUAGAAUUCCUUUGUAAACACAAUGAAGCCAGAAGUCUACAGAUACUUGCAGGUUUGGGAGACAUGGCCACGCAUGUGGGACAUAAGCUAUUAAGUGUGUCUAGCAGUGUGAAUGUGCAAGUCAAAAGUCUAAUACGCUGUGUUACUAUACUGUGCAAUCUAUACAAGGCUAUGUGUCCACCUGAGAAUGGCAGCUCAAUGGCAGCAACACGAAGCAGAACGUCUUUCAGCAAAAAAUAUGAGUUUGUCUUUAAGCCACUUGAGUUGUUAUGGUCCAGUUUAGAGGAAUGGCUGGUCAUCUUACACACCGAGAUAAAGAAAGGCAUCGAGAGGAAAGAAGACAGUGGCAAAAGGUUAUCCGACCUGUCAGAAGGAAGUGAUCGCAGUAGCUAUCAUAGUGUGGGCUCAAGAUUAAGUCAGAGUUCCACUGAACAUGGUGAAGAUGGCGAUAACUCUUUUGAAAAUGCUGGAAAACCACCUACAGAACCUGAAUUUCAUGUUUCAAAAUUGGACACAAAAGUUUAUUCAGGAGAUAAUGUUUCCCAAGAACAGAGAAGGCUAGCUAGUGAAGUGACAAAGAGGUUAUCCAUGGAGCUGGAGAAGUUUCAAGUGGAUUUGCAAGAACAUGAGCAAGAUGUGAUCACUGCAAUUGCACCAAGGAUUUGCGCUGUAAUUCAAGUUUAUUAUACUUGCUGUGAAUGCCAAGCACAACAAUACAUGACAUCCCCACGGUUUAUUGAGUUUGUUUGUCGACAUGAUCAAGUGCUGAAGUUCUUAGUAGCAAGGAAUCCAACAGUUAUUUUUGACCAUUUCCACUUUUUGUUGGAAUGUCCAGAACUGAUGUCCAGGUUUAUGCACAUCAUUAAAUCUCAGCCAUUUGAAGCAAGAAGGGAAUGGUUCUAUUCUAAUUUGCACAAAAGAAGGGGAGGGGAUGACAGUAUGAUCCAUGCAGCUCUAAGUGAAAUGGAUGUCCUGCAAGUUAGAAGAGAUAACCUGUUUAUGUCAAGUUGUGAAGAGAUAUUGAGAAAAGAUCCAGAAAAACUUAAGAGUACAAUUGCUGUGAAGUUUAGUGGAGAAGAAGGAAUGGGUCAAGGUGUUGUCAAGGAGUGGUUUGAUGUUCUAUCUAGAGAAAUUCUUAACCCAGAUUAUGCCUUGUUUACACAAUCUAGUGAUGGAAGCACAUUCCAGCCUAACAGCAAUUCCUCGGUCAAUCCAGACCAUCUGAACUAUUUCCAAUUUGCUGGCAAAUCAAUGGGACUAGCUCUGUAUCACAGACAUUUACUGAGUGUUUACUUUACACGGUCUUUCUACAAGCAUAUAUUAGGCAUACCUGUCAACUACAAAGAUGUGAAUUCUAUUGAUCCAGAAUAUGCUAAAAAUCUGCAGUGGAUACUGGACCAUAGCAUAGAUGAACUAGGUCUGGGUCUGACCUUCAGUGUGGAAACAGACGUGUUUGGAGAUGUACAGGAAGUAGAUCUCAAACCUGGGGGAAGAGCCAUCCCUGUGACAGAUGCCAACAAGAAAGAGUAUGUCCAGCUGGUCACUGAAUUGAAGAUGACCAGGGCCAUUCAACCACAGAUUGACAGUUUUCUCAGAGGAUUUCAUGAAUUUAUUCCACAAUCAUUGGUGCAAAUGUUUGAUGAGUAUGAACUGGAACUUAUGUUGUCUGGUCUUCCAGAAAUAGAUGUGGAUGACUGGAAAGCAAACACGGUGUACAAUGGAUGUGAUGAAGAGUCAAAUGUUGUAAAGUGGUUUUGGGAAGAAGUAGCCACAUUUACUCAGCAUGAAAAUGCUUUACUACUGCAGUUUGUGACUGGCAGUUCUCGUGUUCCCCAUGGAGGGUUUGCUAACCUUUUGGGAGGAGGAGGACCCCAGAAGUUUACCAUUUCUGUUACAAACUACACCCCACAGCUUCUGCCUACAGCAAGCACUUGCAUCAACUUCUUGAAGUUGCCAGAGUACCCAACCAGAGAGGAGUUGGGGAACAGACUAAGGGUGGCAUUUGAGUGUGGAAGCCAGGGCUACGGGAUGGCAUGAAGUUGGGCAUAUUUUCACUGAAGAACUAUUAUCUUGCAUUGACUCUAGGCAGACUGAAAAAUUUCAAUCUUGAAGGCAGCAUUUGUGAAAUCAGCCCUAUGCAUGUCUUGCUGUUUGACAAUCCCUAUUAUGGUUUGAUGAAGCAUAUUCUUCUAAAGGGACUAAUAAUCAGUGGUUAUCCACAAAAGUUUAUUGACAGCUUUGUA